AACACUAAAGAUACCGGUUCCAUCGCUUGCCCCUCAUUACCCCUCAUUUGGCGCUUCUCGAACUGAAACCCCGUCUGCCACACUCCGAUAAACGUCAGCGAAGUUUUGCCGCAAGUGGGACUGCCGCGGAGAUGAUUACCACUUCGUCGAGAGGCCUGGAGCAGUUGAUAGACAUGGUGGUGCCGGGCCGAUGGACCAUAAAAGCGACCGCGCAGUUGAAUGACGUAUGAUAGGUCUCGGGCACUACCAACGGCAGCUUAGAGCUUCUUGAGCUCCUCACCUUAUCUCUAUUAGCAAUACGCAGUGCAAUAGCUGUAAAUAUCCUAUAAUUACCCGCUCCUUUCCUGCAGUUAUGGCCUUUGUUCCUCGUCUUGCUCUCUCUGCUCGAUUGACCUCCCGUGCAAUCGUUCCCGUCGCAUCUUCCAUAGCACGACCUGCAUCAGCCUGUACAGCCUCCCGCUAUCUCCACUCAACUCCUGCUGCCAUGUCGAAAUUCCCCAUUGCUACUCUACAGGAGGAUCUCAUCCCUCGGCUGCCACCAUCCUCGCCAACCCUCUUUGAGGCUAAAAAGAAGAAGAAUCUGUCUUUUGAAGCCAUUGCAAAGCACGUUGGACGCGAUGAGGUUGCAAUUGCCGCAUUGUUUUAUGGCCAAGCAAUGGCGUCUUCCGAAGACAUCAAGAAGCUGUCUGAAGUCCUAGACAUCCCCGCCGAGACGCUCGAGGCGCAACUGUCUGGCUUCCCGGACCGAGGGAGAGCCUUGGAGAUGCCUCCAAAAGACCCGCUCGUGUAUAGGUUCUAUGAGAUUGUGCAAAACUACGGUUAUGCUUACAAGGCUGUGCUGAAUGAGAAGUUUGGCGACGGAAUCAUGAGUGCAAUCAGUUUCAGCACGAAAAUCGAGAAGGAAACAGAUGACAAGGGUGAUUGGGCAAAGAUUACUCUCAGGGGGAAAUGGUUGCCAUAUUCGCGAUUCUAGAGGUUGGAUUCCUACCAAUGCAGUCAUCAAAUAUUCAUCAUCAGCGUUUGGAUCAUAAUUUACGAAACCUGAUGACCGCUGUUCGUGGCUUAUUGCUGUUAUCGAAUUUGAUGUCAAUGACUGUUGGCAUGAAAUCACUAGUUUGAACUAAAUGCUCUCUACGCACAGUUACGUAGUUUUAAAAUUUGUUUUCAUGCCAUCAAGCAUCGUAGCGGAAGCCAAUUUAUGCCGAGCUCAAUCAUAAGGGUGUCCUACGGUGUGUUCAAACGUUUCCCCUGCGUACACUAUCAUUAACGU